UCCAGCUCCAGAUCCCACAGGUUCUCUUCAUAAGCAGCCUGUGAGGACAUUGGUGACAGGUCACUGCCUUCAGGCCACACCAUGGGGCAUAAUAACACAGGCAACUCCUUACAAAGAAGAGCAAGAUGCUCGGGUAUUUACCGACGGAGGCAUAACAAUUGGUCUGGGCAUGUCCGUUCUGGCAUUGAUUCUUCAUCCCACCAGCAGCAAGAUGGAGAUCCAGCAACAAAUGACAGUCGCAUGAGCACCCGAGGAAGAUAUGCUCCCUAUGCCAUUCCAUCCUGUCAUUGGAGAGGCAGUUUUCAGAUACAAGACCAAACGCAAGCUAACAUGGAGGGAGAGCAAAAGCAUCCAGAAACAAGAAUGGAGGGGGAGAGGCAGGAUGAGACCUCCAGGAGCUGGUUCAAGAUCACAAUUCCAUUUGGCAUCAGAUAUGAUGAGAAGUGGCUGCUGAAUCUGAUUCAGAAGCAAUGCAGUGUCCCCUUCACCCCAGUGGAAUUUCACUAUGAGAAAAUGCAGGCCCAGUUCUUUGUUGAGAAUGCCGGCAUUGCCUUCGCAUUGAAGAGUGUCAACGGCAAGAUCUGGAAUGAGAAUAAUGAAAUGAUAUCUAUCUUUUUCCACCCCUCUGAUGCACCCCAGUCUGUGCAGAAGGAGCUGAAGCCAGAAAAUGUGGAUCAGAUAAAGUUGACCACAAACAAAAGAUAUGUAGUCUCCUAACAAUCUCUUAACAUCCAGAGGGUCCGCUUUGCCCCUGACAUGGUCACCCGAGAUAUUGAAAUGGUACCAAAUCCUAGAAACAGCAUGGCUGCCUCCCGGCAGACUCAUGAAAAGAACAUGUUCAAGUCUGCAGGGGAGUUGGACAAGGGCAAAAGACUGCAGCGAGAAGACAUGAGUGCAAACAGAAGCCCCCUGUGCACCACCUUUCCCGAUAAAUCAACCAACAUAAGCUCCAUCCUGGAACUGUUUUCCAAGUUAUUAUGCCUGGAUGGCCAGGAGUCACCUUCACCAACCAGCGUUGGUAUUGCAGCCCACAAGAGGUUACCAACCUGCAAGGGAAGCUUCUUUGGAUCUGAUGCACUGAAGAGUCUGGUCCUGCAAUUCCUGCAGCAGUACUACUUGAUCUAUGACUCUGGAGACCAUCAGGGUCUCCUCGGUGCUUACCACGAUGAGGCCUGCUUCUCCCGGACCAUUCCCUUCAACCCCAAGGAGCCAGCCCCAAGCAGCUUGUGUGAGUACCUCAAGGAAAGCAGGAACAUGAAGAAGGUCCAGGACCCCUACCUGCGUGUUCAGCUGCUGAAGCAUACAAAACAUGACAUUGUGCACUCCCUCUGUGUGCUGCCCAAAACUCAGCAUGACCUCAGCUCCUUUGUGGUGGACAUAUGGUUCCAGAUGGACUUGAUGCUCUGCUUCUCUGUCAACGGAGUGCUCAAGGAAGUGGAAGGAAUGUCUCAGGAUUCUGUUCGUGCCUUCACCCGGACCUUCAUUGCUAACCCUGUCAACAAUUACAGUCUAUGCAUCAUGAAUGAUACUCUGCUUGUGAAUAUCAUCAGCCCUAAGGAUACCAUGAGCACAUUCUCUAUCCCAGUUCCCACUCCCUCCUGCAGCUACUCGAACACCUUUUCCCAGAAGCAGCAGGGAAUGGUUCAGUCUUUCACCACACAGUCUGGGAUGAACCUCCAAUGGUCUAAGAAGUGA